UGUAAAAAAUACUAUCGAUCCGGCCAUCGAAUUUACAUCUGCAAUUCUUGUGAUCCAAAAUUAUCAAAAUUUUGUGAGUGGAUCUGCGUUUUCCAUCUGCUUUCAUAUCUAUCCGUUUACGGAUUCAUAUGGGUAUAUAGUCAUAUUCAGAGGGUUCACACAAACUUUUAGCAUUUCGCAUGCUCAACCAAGUGGUUUUACUCACAAUUCGGAAGUUGUUGUUUGUUAUGACGGUGCUGAAGUGAUUCGAUGUAAUGCCAAUGCCCGAUGAAUGGACUUUCUUUGCUGUAACUUUCAAUGGAUUUCUAAGGCAAAUGACAGUCUGGAGGAACAGUGAGAUAGUCCAUACCGUGAACACGUCAUUCUCUACGAUUGACAUGAAUGUCACAGACAUUAAGUUUGCAGAGGAUCCUACAGUACAUAUGAAGCUGAGUAGGAUUCAGAUUUACAACAGAGUUUUGACUGAGGCUGAGAUGAAAACAGCUGAAGAACGGGGACCGGUGGUCCACCAACGAAUCAACCGCUUGAUCUCUUCAAAAGAAAAAGAACUAAGUGGUGUAAUAUUGAUUAGCUUCAACGUAGAAUCAGUAACACGCUGUGCUGCGUUUUGCAACCACGAUCUGGAAUGCACAGGUUUCGUCUACAACAACGAUCUCUGUUGUCUGUCCAACAAAAUUGAACUGCAGUCACUACCGACACACAUUAUCCUGAUUCUGUUCAGUAUGAAAUAUUAUACGAGUGUUUAGAAAAAAAAUUGUGUUAGAUAAACAAAAAAAAAAAAAAACAACAAUAAAUGUUAUGUCACUAAGAAAAUCUUCAAAAGUUAUCUGUGAAGAUAAAUAUUGUUUUUAGUUU